AUGCCGAACUCUAUUGUUAAAAAGAAUGAUCCAAAUUGCAGUGAAAUUGAUAAAGGUUAUAAGCGGGUGGCUAUGGUGGAGGAUUUCUUUGAUAUUAUUCAUGGAGUCCAUGUUGAAAUGGACGGACGCGGUGGGAAGCAUGCGGGACAGAAACGUACCUAUCGUGCUAUCGCAGAAACGUAUGCAUUCCUACCGCGAGAAGCCGUCACCAGAUUUCUUAUGUCUUGUUCUGAUUGCCAAAAACGAAUGCAUCUGACUGGGGAAAAUAACACCAACAGCAGCAGCAGCAGUAACAACAACAAUAACAACAGCAGCAGCAACAACACUAACAACACCAACAUCAGUAGCAACAACAAUAGCAACACCUACAACUUUACCGGUGUCGGUGGAAUUGGAGGUGUGGGCAAUGCUGGAAUUGGUGUAGGAAGUAUUGCCGGUUCCGUCGGGAGCGGAGGUGUCGCUGCUGGAGGCAUUGGCGGCAGUAUCGGAACCAAUACGGCCGGUGUGGGCGGCAAUGGCAACAGUGGACAAAUGAAGAACAUCCGGGUCACUGAUGAUCCACCUAUCAUUGACUUCAGCGUGCCUAUAACCCAGACAUAUCUAAACCACAUGAGAAAUAAAGGGUACUAUUACCAUGACGACGAAAGUUUAUCAAGUGGUGAGAGUGAGAUGAGCACCGAAAGGACCCCAUCACCUACUCCGAACGAGUGCAACAGUCCAAAACUGUUGGAAAACAUUAAAGAAGAGGCACCUGAUUGUGAAAAUGGUCCGAGUAUCGGCGUAGGAGUCGGCGGUGGAGGUGGAGGCGGUGGUGGAAGUGCCACCCCUCCGCUGGGGAGUAGAAUAAACAACAACAACAACAAUAUCACUAACAACGGUGCCAGCAGCCCAAACAACAACAACAAUAACAACAGCAGCAGCAUCAACAAUAGCAACGGUAAUAGUGCAGCUAGCAAUAUCAGUAGUAGUAACAACAACAACAACAACAACAACAACAACACCAGCAGCAUCAUCACCACUACUAGUACCACUUGCACUACAACCACUACCAACAUUAUUAACACCAACACGAACAGCAGCAGCAACAACAACAACAGCAACAACAGCAGCAGCAGCAGCAACACCACCAACACCAGCAGUAACAAUCUGAUUAGUACAACAACUGCUGGUGGUUGCGUCGCAGGAGGAGUAGCAGGAGGAGGAGGGGGAGGGGGAAGUGGUGUUGGCGGCAGUAACAGUAGUAGUAGUAGUAGCAGCAGCAGCAUUUAUCCGGAAAUUUCCAUCAAAUCUGAAACGCUAGUCGGUGCUGACUUAGGCGGCGGCGUUCUUAAACCAUCAUUCAGCCCUUCCCUGCGUCUCAGCUUUAGUGAUAUUGUUUCGUGUUGCUGCUUCCGUAUCGCCUUCAGGGCCUAUGUACUUGGUGCUGAACUUGUGGUGUGGGAUUAA